UUCGAUAGUCCAUAUCUGACACUUUUCUCGUAUCACCGAUAUUAUUAAUUUAUAUUUUUAAAAAUGCGCACUUUAGUUAAGUUCAGGCUGCGGAAAUACAAACCGUUUAAAUUCUAUGGUACGGACUUACGUUGUCGUGGCGGCAAAACAAUAUAUUCCUUGUAUUACCCAACACUAAGAAAACACCAACACAUGUAAAACAAUAAAAAAGUAUAUCUGAAAGACGUCAGUUCGCAAAAAUGAUGGCUGAAAAAUAUACUUCAGAGUUAUUAGGUGUUGUUAUAGCCCAAAUAGCUCAAACUAUUGGAUAUAGUAGAACACAGAGUGCUCCCUUAGAAUUGCUGGAGGACAUUUUACUGCGAUUUAUCCAAGAACUUGCACGCGAUCUACAUCGCCAAGCCGAGCACGCUAAUCGUGUUGAACCCAAUUUGAAGGAUGUACUGUUGAGCUUAAAAAAUGUUAGCAUUAACGUACUCGAAUUACUCGAUUAUAUUGGAAAUGUUGAGCCAAUACCGUUUGUUCGAGAUAUACCAGCCUAUCCAGUGAAAAGAAUUUCAAAUAUGAAUUUCCUAAAGCCUGGCAGUGUAGAGACACUAACGAGACCCGUUCACAUAUUCGAAUACCUUCCUCCGAUGUUGCCCACAGAGUCAACUCCUACAGUCUCCUCCUCCCACUCUGGCUCCUCAAUUAGAUGGCCAGAUAAGUUAGAACACGAAAAUAUUCAGUUGUGUAAACUGGAGUUAAAUCGAGAGCCAACAACAAUUAAAUUAGUGCAAGAUGUGAAAACUGACUUUGCCGCCGGUGGCAUAUCAAAGUUAUGUACUCUAAAUGCAUCAUCUGCCGAUAAUUUGGAUCAUGAUGGUCAUGCACUACGAGAAAUCAGUAGCGUUGUCAUGACCACAGGAGGCUUUAUAUCGCCAGCAAUUGAGGGCAAACUGCCAGAAGCUUACAUACCAGAUAUUAUUGAAAAAUUCAAAGGACUAGACGCACCUUCUGUACCGCAUGUGCCAAAAUUAUUGGAAAUACAAAAAGAUGCCUCAAAUGAUAUCGUUGAUCCAAUUAUAAAAAUAAUGGAUACUGUAGAGACUAAUCCAAAUACUACACCGAUAGAGCAAAAGCCCUUCUUGUGCAAUAAUCCGACUACAUCAAAUGAAGUGAACAAAGGUAAAGAGGAAGAAAAUGCUUCUGUUAUGGCUGUAGCAGUUGCAACACCUACCCCAAACACUAAGACCAAGAAGAACAAAAAGAAAAUUAUAAUUGCUGGUCAGAUGACAAAUGAUUCAAAUGCUAUCAAAGCUAUGGACAAGGCACGGCGAAAGGCUUUAAAAAUGUGUCAAAAGUUGUCUAAGAAUCAAAUUGAUGGUGGUGGUGGCGGCGUCGGAAUAGGCAGUGGCAGCAAUGUGACGGAACUGAAGAAAACGAAAAUGUUAAAUCGUGGCAUAUUAUCUGAUUUGCCAGAUGGUUCAACAGAACGAAUGCAACUCGAAAAGUUGAUCAAAAAACAAACAAAGCAAAGACAGAAGCAACUAAAAAGCCAAAAGCAACAGCAGCAGCAGCAACAACGUCAAUUUCAAUCAGCUUCCAAAUUCAGUAUGGGUUCAAUCAAUACAAUGCCACUGAAUCCAUUUAGUAGCACAAAUUCUGAAACACUUGAAAACCCUAUAAAUGAAGUUGCAUUUAUUCCUCCUGCUGGCUUGCUAUUGGACAACAAAGAUACAUUUAAUAUACCCCCAACCCCUAACAUGGCAAUUGAAUUGAUUGAUGAAAUAAAGCUAGCUAAUGAACCAGACCGAAAUAAAUUGAAUAUAUUCAAGAAAAUCUCUAAACAAAAAGCUAACAAACUAAAUAUUGCUUCGAAUCUAUAUGAAAAUGCUAAUAAUACAGCAUCGCCUUUAAUUAACUUGCCAUCUGGUACAACAAUAACACCGGCACCGCCUGCCCCAAAUGCCAAUGAGAAUAUAACUAACACCAAUUUAAAUAUGUCAUUGGGUAAUCUGGCAACAUAUGAUUACUUGGACGCUUAUUCACAAUUACCCCCAGCAACAACGAAUCUAAUGCCUAAUGACUUGAACAAACCAAAGAAACGUGGCCGUAAACCAGGUGGCAAAAAUCAAUGCAGGCCUCAAGCACCGUCAUCAACAAGUAUCUCACCCAUACAAAUGCAUAAGAAAACAAAAGCGUCGAAGCUAAAUACCGUUUGUACAUACCCGGAUGGCUCUACACUAAUGCCCACUUUACCCACUGCUGGAUCCUUUGAAUUGCCACUUAUAGAGCCGUUGAAUCUAAGCCAGGUCGAUCAAUUGAAAAGUAAUCCUAAUGUCAAUUUUUCGGAUAAUCUUGGAGAAAACAAAUUUCAAAAACCUAAAGAAAAGAAAGACAGAAAAAAGUCUAAAGCUAAAUAUAGUCACGACAGCAAUGUUUGCGAUAAUGGGCGAGAAUUAAAUAAAAAGAUUUGCUUAAUGGAUACAGAAAUGCAAAUGUCAAAAACUUCAACUCUUCUAAUGGGUGCCGAGUCGGAUAAGAAACUAUCUGGAAAUCUAGGCUUUGUGACGAACAAUGGACCUAGACCAGCUACAAAUUUUACAAGCUCAAGCAAUGAAGGAAAUAUAUUGCCAAUGCUGCCCUUAUUACAUUUUCCUCCGCGACCUGGCCUAAUACCAACCGGUCCAGGUCUAUUUCCACCCAGUUUAACUAGUUUUAACAACACAGUUGCCUGUGGCACGGGCUCCAAUCUACUUAUGCCACAUUCGUUUAUGAAUUUCUCAGCUACAGCUACGGAUAAUAAGGCCACACUUCUGAGUGGAUUAUUGCCGUUGUCCGAUAUUCAUAUGGAGCGUAGUUAUUGCAAUGUUGCUCCAUUGGUGCCAGACUCAAUGAAACUGCCAACAACGCCAGUUGAAGGCAUUAAACUGAAAUCACCCCAUCGCUUGCUAAGCAGUGAGUGCACGGAUAAAGAUCUAGCUCAUAGAUCGAUUAUAAUGCCUAUGGUUGUUCAGGGUGGCAACGAUGAAAGCGCUAAGGCUACAAAAGUUCCAAUCAAAUCAGUGCCAACGGCAACAGGUAACGUCGGCGAUCCCAUCGAGGUAUCCGAUUCGGAUUCCAACGAUGACGGAACCAAGGCAAAUGACAGCUUAUCGCCUCGUCACAAAUCGAACUUAAUGCACCCAUCGAAUCUAAUAAACCCAAUUAUUGAAAGCUGCCAAGUGUAUGCUAAUCCUUUGCCGCCACAAUACAAUAGGCAAGCUCAGAUGGGAGCUUUAAAAUUGCCUCAAGCUGAUUUACUGUCUGUUGCACCACCACCAUCAACAACAGCCAGAACAACAGCAACAAGCACAACGGCAACACCAUUUAAUAUUAAUUUUAUGGGCAGCGAUAAAUUUAGCCUUGCUGGGGGCGCCGAUCUAAUACCUCUAUCACGGAUUGACAGUGGCUUAGCAUACUCGUCCUUAGCAGUGCCAUCAACAAGUCUAGCAGUCGGCGCAACGUCUGGUGCACCAACAUCUGCUGAUGCAACAGUACCAACAGCACCAACAGCACCAACAACAGCAACAGCAGCAGCCCCAGCGGAUGUUGAUCAACGUUUUGUUGGCUCACUUAGCUAUGACGAUGUGACGAUUACCCCAACAAAUAGUUUAACAAUCAAUGAACUGAAAAUUCGAAAAUUACAUAAGAAAUUAAAAAAGCCAAAGGAGGGCAAAAUCAAGAAGAAAAAAGAUAAGAAGGACAAGUUCCGUAAUAAAAAUAGAUCGGAUGAAAAGAAUGCAAAACCAAAAAGCGAAGACAAAAAAUUAAAAAAAGAUAAGAAAAGAGAAAAACAGUUGCCAACUGAUAGAUUACAUAUUAUAAAAGAGAGCCGAGAAUCUACCAUGGGUCUUGCAGUAGUUGGAGCAGAUACCGCUUUAGGGCCAUCGACAUUUGGUCACCCAACGCCGAUGACACCCCAUUUGAUAGCGUCACCCAAAUUAGAUCUCUCACCUAACCACGUACCAAAGUUAACACUUAAGCUUAGUGGAAGUUCAACACCCUCACAAGCCACACUAGAUGGCAUGGAUGAUGCGGUAGUAACUGAUACAACGACUCAGACGCCAAGCACGUUGACUAAAAGGGAACAUUCGCCAGAAUUGGCUAGAUUUUCACCACUUGUAACACGAGCUCCAAAACCAAAGCAAUGCGAAACGCAAAACUUGAACUUAUCUUUGGCCACAUCUGCUUCUGUUUCCGCGGUUAGUGCCAAAACACAGGCCAUGCCAACCAUGAUGCCAAUGACAAUGAUGAUGCCAAUACUAAAUACCCAGCACACCGCUCCAUCUGCUCUAAGUGGAGCUACAGCAAGUAAUUGGACUUCGAAUACUGCCACAUCAACAAUAUCAGCUAGUUCGGUUUUAUUACCACAACAAUUAAUGCAGCCAGCAGCAGCAUCAUCAUCAUCAUCAUCAUCAUCCCCUUCAAAGCAGAGCUCAAGACCUUGUGUACCAUUGAAUUCACCGAAAAUAUCUGAAGUCACUCCGACACCGACGCAAACAGCGCCACAAAGUGCAGAAGUAAGUCGUCCCUCGUCUUAUAUUGAUGCUGAUGGGUAUCGUAUAUGGAUUUGUCCAGCAUGUGGAAAAGUUGACGAUGGUUCGGCAAUGAUUGGUUGCGAUGGCUGCGACGCAUGGUAUCAUUGGAUAUGUGUUGGCAUACUGGUUGCUCCAAACGAUAAUGAAGAUUGGUUUUGUCGCGUUUGCGUAUCUAAGAAAAAAGUGAGUGGCUCCGAGAAAAAGAAGAAGCGUAACAAAAAGAAAUAAGUUAAUCAAUAAUACUUAAAUAUUAAUAGCUGAUUACUUAAAUUAGUUUUAAUGCAUUUCACGUAUGUGUAUAUUCCAAUUGUACAGUUUGGCUUACGUUUACUAUUUUUUUAAUUAAAAAACAUUAUUGAAACUGAAAUUAUAAAUAAGGGGAUUCAGCA